UUGGGAUGCCUUAGUACUGGAGUUAGCGAACGCGACGAACUACACUGCCUUAUACAAGGGAAAGACUCGGUAGGAGAAUUCGCGCGUAAAUUGUUGGCUAAGGCCAAAGUGGCCCAUCAAAGCCAUGAUAAGCGUAUCAUAUCACAACUUGCUAUAGACGUCUUCAUAAAAGGGCUGCGAUCAGAUAUAAGAAAAGCUAUAAGACAGCUACCUAAGAAGGAUGACUACGAUGAAGUAGUCUCUAGUGCGGAGAAGGAAGCACGAAUCCUCGACCAGGAGCGAGCUGAAGACUGCGAUGCUAUGGGGGCUCCUUGUCAAUGA